AUGGCGUCCCCGGCCACGGUUCCGUUUACUUCCGUCGACACCACCACGCGACAGCUGACCAAGGAUGAGGUUGAGUCGCCGAGCAUCUCCAGCGCAAAUGCGCUUGCCCGCUACGAGUACGAGGCGGGCCACGCAAAUGCCACCACGGGCACCAAGAUCCUAAUGGUCGAGUGGGAGGACGACGACACAACGCGGGGAGUGCGGGGAGACUGGCACAUCUCAUGGGAUGGCAGCACACGGGUCCUGCCCGCCAACGACCAGUCGGCCAACGACGUGCAUCGCAUGUACUUUCUGCUACCCCCGGGCGUCGCGGUACCCACCAGCGUUACACUCACGCUACAACCGCAAGACGGUACCAGGGCUCCUGUUGUCUGGCAUACAAAUCCCCUUCCGGCAUUGUUUCCGCCAGAGCUAGGGGCGUCGGCGCGGGCAGCGGGCAAGAAGGGUGUCCUGCACACCAUUUGGGCAAAGAAAAGGCUGCAGGUGCUACAGAAGGAGAUUGAAGCAGAGUCACGUACAAACGUCGAGGGCGUCGGCCUGCUUAUGGCCGUGCAAGAGAAGGAAUGGAUUGAGUCAACAUUCGGAGUCAAUGCCAAACCCGCAGGCCUAAGUAUCUCACUUGGCGAGCCCGUGCUGGCACCGAUGAAGGCGCCCUCUAGCCCACGGUCUCCUGGCGGGGGCCGCCUCAUGGACAAGCUGGCAGGACUGCGACUAGGCACGAGUGAAAAGGACCUCUCACCCAGCAAUAGCACGCCGGGCUUCUCCAACCCCCUAUCGCCCGAAUCUUCAGACAUUGCCAUUAGUUCUUUUGCGGUCUUCAAGGGCGCAAAUCCAGCUAGCCUUGCGGCAAAGCCACCGCAACCACCUCAGGUUCAGCCAAUAGAUCCACCUCGGAGAAUCGCAGCACAGGCACCUCCACAGUUUAUCACAGAACAGCAGAGUGCUGGCAUGGGCUCGUUAAACGCCUUGUCUGGCCCAGCGCCCAUUUUUCAAUCUCGAGGUCCACUGGGGUCUGCAGACGACGACGAUAAGGACGAUGGACUCUUCGCGUUGCCUAUCAGCCCACGGAGCCCGGAAGUAGGCAAGAGUCCCUUCUCGUUUUCAGCCAGUGACACGGCACCUUUUUUGAAAGAAGAGAGUGCUGCGUGA